AUGAAGAGCAACACCUUCAUCAUCUUCACCAGCAUUGGGAUCUAUUGUGCUAUUUUCCACACAUCAGCAUGGUCUGUGAACAACUUUCUGAUGACUGGACCAAAGGCGUAUCUGACCUACUCCACCAGUGUGGCUGUGGGGGCCCAUAGCGGGAUUGAAGAAUGUAAACACCAGUUCACCUGGGAGCGCUGGAACUGCCCAGAAAGUGCCCUGCAGCUCUCCACUCAUAACAGACUGCGGAGUGCUAUCAGAGAAACCUCUUUUGUUCAUGCCAUCAGCUCGGCUGGAGUAAUGUACACGCUCACCAGAAACUGCAGCAUGGGAGACUUUGACAACUGUGGCUGUGACGAUUCAAGGAAUGGCCGUGUAGGUGGCCGAGGAUGGGUCUGGGGAGGCUGCAGUGAUAAUGUGGAAUUUGGCGAGAGAAUUUCCAAACUAUUUGUGGAUGCUUUGGAGACAGGACAAGAUGCCAGAGCUUUAAUGAAUCUGCAUAACAAUGAAGCAGGGAGACUUGCUGUGAAAGCAACAAUGAAGAGGACGUGUAAGUGCCACGGGGUAUCGGGCAGCUGCAGCAUCCAAACCUGCUGGCUCCAGCUUGCUGAGUUUCGAGAAAUUGGGAAUUAUCUGAAGCUCAAAUAUGACCAGGCCCAGAAGCUGGAGAUGGACAAGAGGAGGAUGAGAGCUGGGAAUAGUGCCGACAGCCGUGGGGCCACAGCAGAGACCUUCAGCACUGUACUAGCCACAGAACUCGUCUUCCUGGAAGACUCUCCUGAUUACUGCGUCAGGAAUGCCAGUCUGGGCCUCCAUGGCACCGAGGGGCGGGAAUGCCUGCAGAGUGGCAAGAACUUGUCUCAGUGGGAGAGGAGGAGUUGCAGGAGGCUCUGCACUGAGUGCGGCCUGAAACUGGAGGAGAAGAGGACUGAGAUUGUCACCAGCUGCAAUUGCAAGUUCCACUGGUGCUGCAUGGUGAAAUGCCAGCAGUGCAAACAGGUGGUUACCAAGCAUUACUGCUCCAGAAGAGAUGGCUCAUCCCCCAACACCACCAGGCGGCGGAACAGGGGGCACAAGAGAUAAUCGGCAACUUGCUGCUGUUAACAAAUGGACUCAUGACAAAGAGCUGCCCUUCCAAAUAAGUGGGGAUUGUCCAGGCAGGGUCAGGUGGGUGUACUCCACAAAACCAAGGAGCAGGCCAAGGGCCCUAGUGGACCUAGGGCCUUCCUGCCUACUUUCCUGGUUUUUAUAUUUCCUUGUAACACGCUUCUUCCUCAUAGUCACUGUAUUUGUGUAUCUGGAUAAAGAAGUAGUUUCAUUUUUUGGUGAUAUCAGAUGAUAGUCUGUGGGCCUGAUUCAGCUGUCAUUUAACCACUGUCAAUCUGGAGUAAAUCCACUGAAGGCAGUGGAGUAACUGCAGGCAUCAGUGUAACAGAGAUCAGAAUCUCGCUGU